AUGGCACCCACGGGGUUUAUGGACAUGUUGAAAAGUCUAUAUAGUGAAGAUGAAAAACCGGCGCCUGUGCUUUCGAUUUACACGGCUGUUAUUCUUUCAGCUGGAAUUGUGGAGGGUGAGUGGAAGGAUUGGAUUCGUGGUCGCCGUGUAGCAGAAACACUUGGGGGAUGGAUAGGCUGGAGAAACUUUGUUGCUGGUCCCAUCACGGAGGAAGUCAUCUUCCGCUCAAUAAUUAUUCCACUCCACUUGCUAACUGAUCUCUCUCCUACCCAAAUUGUGCUUUUCGCCCCACUCUACUUCGGAAUUGCUCACAUGCACCAUUUCUAUGAGUUCAGACUUACCCACCCCCACACCAGUUUUACCGCCUCCAUUGCUAGAACUGUCUUUCAGUUUGGAUACACCACUAUAUUUGGCUGGUAUGCCACUUUCCUAUACCUUCGGACCGGCUCAUUGCCAGCUGUGAUUCUUGUCCAUGCAUUUUGCAACUACUGUGGACUACCCCGUCUCUGGGGACGAGUGGAAGCGCGGGAGUCUUCGAUCCCAAUCAUCACCAGGGGCAAGGAGGAUGCAGUCAGGGGAGCCGGCUCCACCUCACAUAGAUCAUUAAAUAUCGGAUGGACUGUAGCCUAUUACAUUAUCUUGGUUGUUGGAGCUCUUGCCUUUCACUCUCAGCUGUGGAGAUUGACAGAGUCACCCCAUGAGUUGGUGUCUUUCACUCCUCCUGCUUAA